GCAUUACACCCCCCUCCAAAAUGUAAAAACAUCACCCCACCUUUAAGAAAUAAGAAGGUGGUACUAACUCUUUCAUCAAUAUUAUCAAGUUCUCAAGAUGAAUUGCCAAGCACUUCUACAACUAAUUCAAUUGAAAUUGACAGUGACAAAGCUGAAAAAAAU